UGAAGAUUGGUAAUCCAAACUGAUUCACAAAGAAGAGUGUCAAGUAGUCAGGGUCACUGAAGUGAGGCCACCCAGGAGCAACUUAAAAGAUGAGCCAAGGCAAGGAACACCUGGGACUUGAAGCAAGCUCUCAACUGAAGGCCUCAUCUAUCAAUGGGGAGAGAGGAGAAGGAAAAGCCAUUGAUGGGGUUGAUGAGGAUGAUGAAUUUGACCCCAGUGCUCCCCCUCCAUUCCGGUUGGCUGAGGUCAGAGCUGUUAUUCCCAAGCAUUGCUGGGUUAAGGAUCCAUGGAAGUCUAUGAGUUAUGUUUUCAGGGAUUUCAUUGUGAUUUUUGGACUGGCUAUAGCAGCUAUAUACUUGGACAGAUGGGUGGUUUGGCCACUCUACUGGGCUGCCCAGGGAACAAUGUUCUGGGCCCUGUUUGUUCUUGGACAUGACUGUGGACAUGGAAGCUUUUCUGAUAACCCUAUGCUGAAUAGUAUGGUGGGGCACCUCUUACAUUCAACAAUCCUUGUUCCCUACAAUGGAUGGAGAAUCAGCCACAGAACUCACCAUCAGAACCAAGGUCAUGUUGAAAAUGAUGAAUCAUGGGUUCCAUUCCCUGAGAAAUUAUACCGGAGCUUGGAUACUAAAACCCGAACUCUAAGAUUCACAUUGCCUUUCCCCAUGUUUGCAUAUCCUCUCUACUUGUGGUAUAGAAGCCCUGGAAAGGAAGGCUCCCACUUCAAUCCUUACAGUGAUAUGUUCCCAAUCAGUGAAAGAAAGGCCGUGCUCACUUCAACUGUAUGCUGGUCUAUAAUGGUUGCUCUGCUUCUUGUUCUAUCCUUUGUUGCCGGUCCUGUCCAAGUGCUUAAGCUCUAUGGUGUCCCCUAUUGGGUUUUCAUCAUGUGGUUGGACUUUGUCACUUAUCUGCAGCACCAUGGCUAUGAGCAAAAACUUCCCUGGUACCGUGGCAAGGAAUGGAGCUAUUUGAGGGGAGGGCUAACGACGGUUGAUCGUGACUAUGGAUGGUUUAAUAGCAUCCAACAUAACACUGGCACGCAUGUUAUACAUCAUCUCUUCCCCCAAAUCCCACACUAUCACUUAAUAGAAGCGACAGAGGCUGCAAAGCCAGUGCUUGGAAAAUACUACAGAGAACCAAAAAAAUCUGGGCCCAUUCCAGCUCACUUGGUCAAGACUCUAAUCAAAAGCAUGAAGGAAGACCACUAUGUUAGUGAUACUGGAGACAUUUUGUACUAUCAGACUGAUCCUGAGCUGUAUCCAUCCUCUCAUUACAAGUCCAACUGAAGUUUAGAGAGCUCAACACCAAGAGAUGAAACCAUCUUGCAGCUGUUUCAUUCCACUAUUACUACUGAAAAUUAGUAUAAUCUGUAAUAGCAUUUUCAAAGACUUGUUCUCUGCAAUAAGGGUCCCUACUAGAAUUACAGGGGAUAAAGGGAUGAUAACCCGAGUUUGAUGAUUGUAGAAUGUUCUCUCAAAUGCAUUUGGAACUUCAGCUAGCAAUGCAAUCA